GAGAGCUGGAAGGUUCCUUGACUCUUGAGCCUUCUCUCUUUUCAGAGUUUUAGGAUUCAGUGAAGGGGUGGGGCCAUGCCGGGCUAGGUGCUCCUUACUGGGGAGCUGCUAGGAUCCUGGCAGAUCUACUUGACUCAGGCCCUGAGACUACCCCACUAUGGCACAUGUUCUGGAAGGCGAUGGAAGAAUCCAUACGUCAGGUGAUGUUGGCAGGGGGUCUGGGCCAGGAACAUUCAUGCCUGUCUCUUCUGGACACCCAGCCUUCUCUGUUCCUUCCUGUGUACAGUCUUUACCACCCAAGGCUAUCCAUCCACCAGUGGAACCUGAGGCAAUGGAUUGUCCCAGACCUGUAGUAGUCUCCGACUGGAAUCAGCAAGUGUGGAUCCUUCAGGGUCAGACCCUCAUGGCAGUUCCUUGGAGCAACAAUGUGGGGCCAGCCACUGUCACCAUUAUGCCAUGCAAGUAUCCAGAGUCUCUUGAGAAAGACAAAGGGAUUCCUGUUUAUUUGGGAAUAAAGCAGCCAGAAAUGUGUCUAUAUUGUGAGAACAUUGGUGGAAAGCCCAAAUUGCAGUUGAAGAACAAGAAGAUAAUGGAUCUGUACAACCAAACCAAGCCUGUGAAGCCAUUCCUUUUCUACCAUGAAAAAACAGGCAGGACCUCCACAUUUGAGUCCGUGGCCUUUCCCGGAUGGUUCAUUGCCUCUUCCGAGACAAACCAGCCCAUCUUUCUCAUUUCCGGGCUGGGGAACGUGUACAAUACUGCCUUCCAAUUAGAUUUCAAGGAACUCUCACAACUUCACUACUCCCUCUAAAAACUGCAGUAAAAGGUGCUUUUUGGGGAAUGGAGAGCCUAAAUUCCUCACCAGCCAUGCUUCGGAUGUUAUCUUGUGAUGAAAUGACACAACUGAUUUAGGGUAUAAUUGUAGAAAGAUGUAGCUAAGAUCUGGUUCUGCAUAUCGUAGAUUUCUUAUUCUGACUCUGAUACUACAAAUGCAGAAAAUGAUGUUUGCUUAAAUACAGUCCACACAAUAGCACCAGUAAUGAAUUUUUUUAAUGAAACUUUCAUUAAAGUGGUGGACAAUCACACCACCUACUCUACUAGGCAGGCUAGUAAGCAGUCAAUAAGCACUGACUUAACACAGGGUCUCUUGAUUCUUAGAAGUUUUCUUCUUCAAUGAAAUACUUUUUUAGCAUGCCGUUUUAUAAAAGUCAACAUUAAUAUGGACAUGAAGCUAAUUAGUUCUGGAAUAUCAAAUAGAAGAAUUACUCACUGGAUAUUUAGUACUACAGUCACUGCUAAUAAAUGGUGACAGGUUGUUACAUCUGC